AUGAAAAUCAGUCGCCUUCGAAUCCUUGUUGUAGGAAGAGCGAAUGCAGGAAAGCCUACCGUGCUCUCGAGAGUUUGCAACACACUGGAGAACCCAACACUAUACGACAGCGCCAUAGAGCGUGAUUGCGGAGAACACGACAUCGAGAAUGAGAUGGUGUUCCAAAGCAACCCAGGAUUCAUCUUCCACGAUUCACGCGGGUCCGAGACAGGCGGCGAAUCAGAAUUCGACAAGGUGAAGGCAUUUAUCAUGGACCGUUCGAGAUUAAAAAAUCAACUCCAUGUUAUCUGGUACUGCAUCCCAAUGGACGAGGCACGCAGGUCAUUCACCAAAGGCGAAAUCAAGUUUUUCUCUCAGUGCGACACCGGAAGCGGUAAGCUUUCGCAUCUCACCGUUGUUGAUGUGCAACUAAUGCGCAGAAUCUCAAUCCUCAGUUUUAUUCACAAAGUUUGA